AUGUCGGGCAAGAUCUCACUGGCACUCGGCGGGUCCAAGAAGCCUAACGGCAAACCAGCGCCCACAAACGGUGUCAAGCGAUCACACGCCGCACUGCACGAGGACGAUGACAACCAGCUCGACCAUGGAAGGGAACAGACAGUGUCGCACUUCGACAGAUCCGCCGGCGGGGCGAUCGAUGAGCGGGCGAGGCCGGCAGAGAAAGGUCCUUUAGUGAUUGCACCACAAGCCAACCGGGAUUGGAGGGAUGCGAGUAAGAGGAAACGACGACGGAAUGGCUUGCCUGUGGAAGCGCGGAACGGUGGGCAGAGUGUAGAGGAUGCUGCGAUGCGAGAGAAGGAGCUCGAGGCACUGAAACCGGGGUUCGGUCUGAACGUCACGAAACGAGAGACGAGCGAUGGGGCAAGCACGACCGAAGACCACGAUGUGCCAGCAGAAGGAGCAGCGACCACACAACAGCAGCCUACAGAGCCAGACGCAGAAGCUCCAGCCAAGCAAAAGACAGACGACGAGCUAGCCCUAGACGCACUAUUGGGCAACACCACCAAAUCCGAACUCGUCCUCCCUGCCGUCUCAGAAGAACAAGCCUACAACUCCUCCAUCCAAUCCGCGCCCUCUGGCCCAACCCUCUCCGACUACGACCGCGUGCCUGUCGAAGAAUUCGGUGCCGGCUUACUCCGAGGUAUGGGCUGGGUAGAAGGACAGGGCAUUGGGUCACAAAAAGGCCGAAAGCUGGAGAAGGCCAAGGUCCCUGCCCGACGACCUGCGCUGCUGGGAAUCGGGGCGAAAGAGGAAGCGGCGGUGGCGCAGGAGAUGGGUGUGUGGGGAAAAGCGGCGGCGAAGAAGGGAGGAGAGGUCAAGGUGUAUAAUCCUGUUUUGCUGAGGGAUAAGAGGACGGGAGAGAUGUUUACGGAGGAGGAGGCGCAGAAAAGGAAGGAGGGGGAGGAGAGGAAGGGGUUUAAGGAGGAAUUUGAGAGAAGGGAAAGGGAGAGGGAAAGGGAGAGGGAGAGGGAGAAGAAGGGGCGGAGGAGGGGUGAGGAGGAUGACAGGGAGAGGGGCCAGGAGAGGAGACGGCGGGAGAAGGAAGAUCCUGAUUCUAGGGAUCGUCGUGGAGAUAAAGAUCGGGAUCGCAACCGUGACGGAGAUAGGAGGCGGCGAGAGGAUAGCGAAGACGACUAUCAACGACGGAAAGAGAAAGAGCGGAGACGACGGGAUCGUUAUCGAGACGAUGAUCGGAGUCGUGAACGAUCCCGGCGGCAUGAUAGCGAUCGUGAUCGGGAUAGGGACUCGCAUCGCCACCGCGAACGAUAG